UUGCAUCCUAAACAAUAUGAAUGGGUGCUCAUAGCUGGAUAUAUCAUAGUUUUCCUUGUCUCUCUGGUCGGAAACACCUUGGUUUGUUUUGCAGUUUGGAAAAACCAUCAAAUGCGCACAGUGACCAACUACUUCAUCGUGAACCUGUCCUUCGCAGACAUCCUGGUCACAAUCACAUGUCUUCCUGCGAGUCUUGUGGUGGACAUUACAGAAACCUGGUUCUUCGGACAGACCCUGUGCAAGACGCUACCUUAUUUACAGACAAUAUCUGUGUCUGUAUCAGUUCUGACACUGAGCUGCAUUGCCCAAGAUCGCUGGUAUGCUAUCUGCCACCCCCUGAAGUUCAAGAGUACUGCCAAAAGAGCCCGCAAGAGUAUCGUUCUGAUCUGGCUGGUUUCCUGCGUGAUCAUGAUUCCACAAGCCGUAGUCAUGGAAUGCAGCAGUCUGCUCCCAGAGCUCACCAACAAAACCAGCCUGUUCACCGUGUGUGAUGAACAGUGGGCAGAUGAAAUCUACCCUAAAGUGUACCACACCUGCUUCUUUAUUGUCACUUAUUUUGCUCCAUUAUGUUUGAUGGUCCUGGCAUACAUUCAGAUCUGUCAUAAACUCUGGUGUCAACAGAUUCCUGGAACAUCAUCGGUGCUUCAAAGGAAAUGGAAGUCGCUGCAGUGUUCUGCCCAUGCUGUAGGCUCAGGAGAAUCGGUGAAAGUGAGAACCAGCACUGUCUCAGCGGAGAUCAAACAGGUGAAAGCCCGACGGAAGACGGCACGCAUGCUGAUGGUGGUGCUGUUUGUGUUUGCACUCUGUUACCUGCCCAUCAGUGUUCUCAACAUCAUGAAGAGGUAA